AACCAGUAAUGAACAGGAUAAGGAUCCACGUGUUGCCGUCAAGCCGGGGCCGUUUGGCCCAGACUGCCCGUACCCAAGAGCCCCAGGCCUGUUCCUUCACCCAACGGACCUGCUUCCAGCCCCGCCUGGAGGGCCUGGAGUUCUGCAUCAAACAUGUCCUGGAGGACAAGAACGCCCCCUACAGACAGUGUAGUUAUGUGUCUAACAAGAAUGGCAAGCGCUGCCCGAACGCAGCCCCAAAGGUUGAAAAGAAAGAAGGGUGAAUGAAUCAACUUGGAUAUACAUUUCUUCUAUCAAACUCUCAAAACAACAACUACAUGUUGAUGUUGUAUUUAGGCUUACAUUGGGGGAAAUCCCUUGAAGUGUAUCAAUGAAGAGUGAGUUUUUUCCUUUUCAAGUCAGUUCUUCACGUUUCAAGUUUAUUAGCCAUAAAUACAUUGGAAAUAUCUGCGCCAUCUGGGGUUCUCUGUGACCUUAUCUGACAUGUGUGACUCUUAUUUCUACGUUCAGGGUGACCUUCUGUAUGGAGCACGUUAGGAGGAAUGUCAAGGCUGUCCAGGCCCAGCUGAGGAAGGCCUCAUCUGGUCCCGCUCCUGAGGCCCUCCUAUCUCAGCUCAGUGGAUACAACCUCCCUGAGACACACGGCCCGGACAGUGGCCGCAGUGAAGCCAGCCGCAACCUAGGUGUGAAACGUUUCUGCAGCAUCUUUUUUCUUUCUACACAUAUGCGUUGGCAUAUUUUGACAUUUAUUUUAUUUAUCAGAGACCAUGCACAACAAAUGAAUUGCACCAUAUUUGACAGCUAAUUUUUUACUCUCUGGUGUUCUGAUAGCUGUUCUUUUUUUCUAAUAGUUGCAAUUCCAGGUAAAGGGAGCGUUUACUACUUACUGCAUGGUCCCAUUCCUGUACAUUCCUCCGCUGCAUUGAGCCAUGUCACAGUCUAGGGGAGCUUAUGGGGAUUGUCUGUCUGUAGAUGAGGACAGCUGGCUCUGGACCAGACCUGGAGAGGAGACCCAGACAGUGAAGCUGACAGCAUUGACAGUGACAACGAGGACCCUCUCAAGUAAGACUGCACUAUCUGGGUACUGUGUUGUGUACCACAUUACAUAGGUGUGUUAUAAGAUCGAAAUCUACUUGAUCUUUGGAAAUUGAUCCGAAUGGCUCAACAUUCUCCAGGUCCCAACCUGUGCCCAGUCCGCUAAUGUGGACAACAAAUCUUUGUUUUGAUUGCAAGAUCAGACUGGCGUGUUUGUAGUGGUUCUAUUGUGGUCUAACUGUUUUAAUUGUAUGGAUGUGGUUUUGACGUGCAGACGUGCAGGAGUGUACACAGCAGAGAAGGUUGCUCUGAUCACACGGGAGAAGCUCAUCAGACUCCAGUCUCUCUACAUCGACCAGUUCAAACGACUGCAGCACCUCCUCAAGGAGAAGAAGCGCCGAUACCUGCACAGCUGCAGGGUGGAGCAUGAGACACUAGGUAAAGCCAGUGUGCUGCACUAACCCAGUCUGUUCUGUCCUGUAGUUAGUGCUGCUGAGCGAUUAGUGCUUUUUGAGGUCGUUUCGGUUUGAUUAUAUAAAAAUCACGGUUUUCAGUUUCGAAUUAUUUAUUUAUUUUUACAUUAAAUGCUUUAUGCAUUAUGUGGGUUGAAUGCUGUAACACAGAAUUUUAAAAAUCCCAUGACGGUAGUGACUGCCCAUUACUGCUUAUCACUUAUUAACAAUCAUUUAUUCACAUUACUUUAAUAAAAUAUUUCAGUUGUGUAUAUUACAUUUUUGUUAUUUGAUUUUAUUAUUCCAUUCCAAGUCAUCAUCUCAUCUCUAUAGAGCUGCUGUCUAUGCUGUCUGACUAAAUCACUAUUUUAGUAGUUCUUCAAAGUAAAUAAGGCAUACUUUUAUGACUGCUGAAUACCAACGAUCAAUCACUUAGAUCAUGUAUUUUCAGGUAGAGAUACCUCGCGAAGCAACUGCUCUCUAUCCCUCUCAAUCGUGCAUUCUUCUGUCUCCCUCUCCAUGUCUGCCCCACACUAACCUAAGGUAGCAGGCAUAAAAGAAACACCCAGACCGGACAAGUAGGCGCAUUAAGCAUGCAAACAUUUUUUGCAAAUGGAAUUCACAUAAUUCAACAGACGUCAGUCAAUUAGUUGUUUUAAAAAACAAGAAAUAACAGAAAUGUUGGUUAAUUGCUCAGCACUAUUGGUUAGGGCCACUGUAGUGAAACCAUGGUGCCGCACUAUCCCAGCCUGUUCUAUUACAUUUACAUUUUAGUCAUUUAGCAGACGCUCUUAUCCAGAGCGACUUACAGGAGCAAUUAGGGUUAAGUGCCUUGCUUAAGGGCACAUCGACAGAUUUUUCACCUAGUCGGCUCGGGGAUUAGAACCAGCGACCUUUCGGUUACUGGCACAACGCUCUUACCCACUAAGCUACCUGCCGCCCCAGGUUCUAUCCUGGACUUACCUGGGUAAGGUUAGUUCAGUAAGGCUCACCUUAGCAAAACAUGUUGCAACUGAAAGUGGAAAAGUACUAAACUAAUUGAGUACUUCUCUGCUUAAAUUGUUUUAUUUUUAUUGAAGAAAUUCCAGGUGUGACCAUUGUGGUGUGUCCGGUGUGACCAUUGUGGUGAUGCCAGAUGUGACGGUGGGUUAGCCAGGUGUGAUUACUGUGAUGAUACCAGCACCUCUGACCCCUCUCCUGUGUGAUGUGUCCAACAGGAAUCAGUCUGCUGACGGGUCCCGAGGGUCUCUCCAUGAAGGAGAUGGUGAACCUGAGGAAGCUGAAGGCUCUGCGUCGGUACCGCCGCCAGUACGGCGUGGAGGCUCUGCUGCAUCGGCAGCUCCUAGAGAGGAGACAGACUGUCACAGAAGGAGCUCCUCCUCAGGUCUGUGUUUAUAAAAGCAUAGACGGGUUGCCUGGCAGACAGCCGUGUGUUGUUAUUAUUCUGAACGGUCAGAUAGCUAGCAAAAAUUACAAGAAGCUGCCAUGUGGGGAAUCGUAGGUGGCUCGUUUCAGUUAGUUUUAUCUUGUUAUUGAUACCAAGCAAGACCUUUAAACAGGUCAACAUUCACAAGGCCGCAGGGCCAGACGGAUUACCAAGACGUGUACUCAGAGCAUGCGCGGACCAACUGGCAAGUGUCUUUACUGACAUUUUCAACCUCUCCCUGACCGAGUCUGUAAUACCUACAUGUUUCAAGCAGACCACCAUAGUCCCUGUGCCUAAGAACGCCAAGGUAACCUGCCUAAAUGACUACUGCCCGUAGCACUCACGUCUGUAGCCAUGAAGUGCUUUGAAAGGCUGGUCAUGGCUCACAUCAACACCAUCAUCCUGGAAACCCUAGACCCACUCCAAUUCGCAUACCUCCCCAACAGAUCCACAGAUGACGCAAUCUCAAUUGCACUCCACACUGCCCUUUCCCACCUGGACAAAAGGAACACCUAUGUGAGAAUGCUGUUCAUUGACUACAGCUCAGCGUUCAACACCAUAGUGCCCACAAAGCUCAUCACUAAGCUAAAGACCCUGGGACAAAACACCUCCCUCUGCAACUGGAUCCUGGACUUCCUGACGGGCCACCCCCAGGUGGUAAGGGUAGACAACAACACAUCUGCCACGCUGAUCCUCAACACGGGGGCCCCUCAGGGGUGCGUGCUUAGUCCCCUCCUGUACUCCCUGUUCACCCACGACUGAGUGACCAAGCAUGACACCAUCAAGUUUGCUGACGACACAACGGUGGUAGGCCUGAUCACUGACAACGAUGAGACAGCCUAUAGGGAGGAGGUCAGAGACAACAACCUCUCCCUCAACGUGAGCAAGACAAAGGAGUUGAUUGUGGACUACAGGAAAAGGAGGGCCGAACACGCCCCCAUUCACAUCGACCGGGCUGUAGUGGAGAGGGUCGAGAGCUUCAAGUUCCUUGGUGUCCACAUCACCAACAAACUAUCAUGGUCUGAACACACCAAGACAGUCGUGAAGAGGGCACGCCAACGCCUAUUCGCCCUCAGGAGACUGAAAUGAUUUGGCAUGGGACCCCAGAUCCUCAAAGUUCUACAGCUGCGCCAUUGAGAGCAUCCUGACCGGUUGCAUCACCGCCUGGUAUGGCAACUGCUCAGCAUCCGACCGUAAGGCGCUACAGAGGGUAGUGCGUACGGCCUAGUACAUCACUGGAGCCAAGCGUCCUGCCAUCCAAGACCUUUAUACCAGGCGGUGUCAGAGGAAGGCCCAAAAAAUUGUCAGACUCCAGCCACCCAAGUCAUAGACUGUUCUCUCUGCUACCGCACGGCAAGCGGUACCGGAGCACCAAGUCUAGGUCCAAAAGGCUCCUUAACAGCUUCUAGCCCCAAACCAUAAGACUGCUGAACAAUUAAUCAAAUGGCUAUCCGGACUAUUUGCAUUGACUUUACCCCUACUUACAUGUACAUAUUAUCUUAAUUACCUUGACUAACAUGUACCCACACACAUUGACUCGGUACCGGUACCCCCUGUAUAUAGCCUAGUUAUUGUUAUUUGAUUGUUACUCAAAAUUUUUUAUUUAGUAAAUAUUUUCUUAACUGCAUUGUUGGUUAAGGCCUUGUAAGUAAGCAUUUCACGGUGUAUUGUAUUCGGCACAUGUGACAAAUAACAUUUGAUUUUAUGUCUUGUUUUGACUGAUUUCACUUCUAUGCUAAUAUGGCUAAAAUUCGCUAGCUAGCUCACCAACAACUAACAAUGUAUUUGAGAGACAAGUGCUCAUUGUGCAAAUGUAUAUAUGUUUUCAAUAAACAUUUGGAGACUAAAUAUAGUUUAUAUGUUGUCAAAAAUCUAAGUCAACCCCGUCUGUUUUGCCCCAAAGUUCUGCAUGCAUCGGUUUUGUUGCUAAACAACCAACCCAUCUAUAGCACCCCAAAACCACUCUGCUUGAGCUUCCAUGUACAAUACAGUGCCAGUAGAGGGCACAGUGGGGUAUUUUGCUGCAGACUGCACAGAAAGUUUGCCAGAUUUAGUGAUUAACUUGUUAGCAAAUGCAUGUGAAACCUCUGUUGUUCAAGAUGCAUUUUGUGUUAAACUUCAAGCUGACGAUUUUGUUUUGUUUGAGGAUUUUAACCUUUUUUGCCCCGUUAUUGUGUGUUCUCUCUACAGGCCCAUACAGUGAGGUCCAGCCAGAGGUGUAUCUCCUACGUGGAGGGGACCCGCUGCUCUAACCAGUGUCUCCCAAUGACACAACACUGCAUCUCUCGUAUCCAUCAUAGUAUGAUCUAUGAUCCAUCAUGGGUUGAUUUUAAAAUGUGCACGAAUACAAUAACUUACAUGGACUUAUGUGAGGGUGUAAAACCAUACUAAUGCUCUUUGUGGCGAAAGCUACAACAUAAGCUUGGAUGUUGCCAUGUUAACCAGCCAGCCUCACUACUUCUUGGACAUUUGCACCCUUCAAUUUCGUACAUGUGCUUGAACUGAAGAAGAUGCAUGCACCUGCAUUUUCACACACCCUCUUAUUGCUAACACGGCCUUAAUCAAGUCUGGCAGCUUGUUGUAGCUGUCCAGAUCCAAACCAGGCCAACAUUAACCUCUUCCCAUGGUCUGUUGGUUUUCCCCCAUUCUAACAAAGGGGAUAGUCAAUUCAGUUGGAAGGAACAAACACCUCCUUUCCUCCUUUACAAAUCAUAAUGAUAUCAUUAAAAAAAAUAAACAUUGUUCAAGCAGAUGCAUACAUCCACCAUUGUUUUUAAACGUGAUCUGCUUACAGUGCAUUCAGAAAGUAUUCAGACCCCUUGACUUUUUUCCACAUUUUGUUACGUUACAGCCUUAUUCUAAAAUUGAUUAAAUUGUUUUUCCCCCUAGUCAAUCUACAAACAAUACCCCAUAAUGACAAAGCAAAAACUGGUUUUUAUCAUUUUUUGCAAAUGUAUUAAAAAUAUACUGAAAUAUCACAUUUACAUAACUAUUCAUACCCUUUACUCAGUACUUUGUUGAAGCACCUUUGGCUGCAAUUACAGCCUCGAGUUCUUGGGUAUUACGCUACAAGCAUGGCAUGCUUGUAUUUGGGGAGUUUCUCCCAUUCUUCUCUGCAGAUCCUCUCAAGCUCUGUCAGGGUGGAUGGGGAGCGUCGCUGCACAGCUAUUUUCAGGUCUCUCCAGAGAUGUUAGCUUGGGUUCAAGUCCAGGCUCUGGCUGGGCCACUCAAGGACAUUUAGAGACUUGUCCCGAAGCCACUCCUGCGUUGUCUUGGCUGUGUGCUUAGGGUCGUUGUCCUGUUGGGAAGGUGAACCUUCGCCCCAGUCUGAGGUCCUGAGUGCUCUGGAGCAGAUUUUCAUCAAGGAUCUCGCUGUACUUUGCUCCGUUCAUCUUUCCCUCGAUCCUGACUAGUCUCCCAGUCCCUGCUGCUGAAAAACAUCCCCACAGCAUGGUGCUGCCACCACCAUGCUUCACCGUAGGGAUGGUGCCAGGUUUCCUCCAGACGUGACACUUGGCAUUCAGGUCAAAGAGUUCAAUCUUGGUUUCAUCAGACCAGAGAAUCUUGUUUCUCAUGGUCUGAGAGUCCUUUAGGUGCCUUUUGUAAAACUCCAAGUGGGCUGUCAUGGGCCUUUUACUGAGGAGUGGCUUCCGUUUAGCCACUCUACCAUAAAAGGCCUGAUUGGUGGAGUGCUGCAGAGAUGGUUGUCCUUCUGGAAGGUUCUUCGAUCUCCACAGAGGAACUCUGGAGCUCUGUCAGAGUGACGAUCGGGUUCUUGGUCACCUCCCUGACCAAGGCCCUUCCCCCCCGAUUGCUCAGUUUGGCCGGGUGGCCAGCUCUAGGAAGAGUCUUGGUGGUUCCAAACUUCUUCAAUUUAAGAAUGAUUGAGGCCAAUGUGUUCUUGGGGACCUUCAAUCCUGCAGUCAUUUUUUGGUACCCUUCCCAAGAUCUGUGCCUUGACACAAUCCUGUCUCGGAGCUCUACGGACAAUUCCAAAUCAUGUCCAAUCAAUUGAAUUUACCACAGGUGGACUCCAAGUUGUAGAAACAUCUCAAGGAUGAUAGAUGGAAACAGGAUGCACCUGAGCUCAAUUUUGAGUCUCAUAGCAAAGGGUCUGAACUUAUGUAAAUAAGGUAAAAAUGUCUAAACCUGUUUUCGCUUUGUCAUUAUGGGGUAUUGUGUGUAGAUUGAUUCAAUAAAAAAAAAAUCCUCAUCAAUUUUAGAAUAAGGCUAUUAAUUAACAAAAUGUGGGAAAUGUCAAGGGGUCUGAAUACUUUCCGAAUGCACCAAGAGUAAGUUCAACAUAAUGGCCGAUGUAGCAAGUAAUUCAGCUGUUGAUUUAGAAUGUUUUUCCAAGAAUCUAUAAACCCUGAUUUAAUUCAAAGUAAAGCUAUUGUCAAUGAGGUACAGAAUAUCGUUGUACAAAACCAAUCAAGCUUGUAAGUAACUUGCACCUUCCAGCAUUUCACACAAGUACCCUAAUACUGUUAUUGUAGUGAGCUUAUGUGUGAAGUAACGCUGAUAAUCGCAGCAUAACAGUCUAAUUCAUAGUGUAAUUAUAUGAAGUUUAUUGGUAUGUGGUAAUUGUAGUAACCCUGAUAAUCGCCAUGUUAUUUGUGUUACUAACUGGUGGAUGUUUGUUUCUGUUAAAUCUGUUAUUGCAUUUCUAUAGACGCAUAUGGCACUAAAAUCCUAUAGACCUAAAAUCCUACAUCUAAUAGUCACUGUCUAUUGGUGUGGUCCACAAAGGUGCAAUCUAAUACUAUAUUUAAUUUGUAUAUUUAGUUAUAUUUCAUUAAGUGGUUAUCCUUGACCAUAAAACAUCCAGACAUCUACCAGGACAGUAACCAGGUACUGUUUAACGUGUGUCCGGGGCUAAAGGAUGUUCCGUGUGAUCGGCCGGUCCAUAUGGGCCAGUCUGAGGAGCCUCGCUGCCCCCUGCAUCUCUCCCUGCCGCCCCCCAUGUACCAGCCUGAACAGGAGACAGCCCUGGCCCCAGAGCAGCUAGAUGCAGUACUACCCAGAGACAUGUACCUGAGUGCUGCAGAGUUACAGCCCACGGAGAGCCUGCCGCUAGAGUUCAGCAACGUACGUAAAGUCUGACUCCCACCAAGUUUUCUGCUCUUAUGAUAUAGCCAUAAUCCUAUGAUUAACCCAUGGCUAAUAUACCAAUCAUUUUAAUUUGAAACGGAUUUUCACCCCAAAGAUACAUUUUCACUCUCCCUAAUCAGUGCCCUAAUCAAGUCUGGCAGCUUGUUGUAGCUGUUCAGAUCCAAAUCGGGCCAACAUUAACAUUCAGUUGGAAGGAACAAACGCCUCUUAUUUCUCAAACAAAUGUUCACCCCCUGAAUGUCUAAAAUGUUGCAUGUUGUUUUGACUCAAUGUUUUUCAAGUGUGUUAUACACUCCAGUGGGGAAUGCGCAUCAGUGCAGCUGCACUGAAAUUGAACCUAUGCUCAAAGCUACUUCCUGCCUUUGCAACACAGCUGUUUAACAUGCUGACCACACUGCCCGCGUUGCAAAAUAAAUGCACAUAUACAUGUUAUUCAAUAAUUUCAUCCAAACUGCUCGCGCUCAUCAAUGAGCGUCUGCGUUGCCAGGCACUAAAAUAGAACUUGGUUAUAUUUUUUACACUUGACGCACUGCUAGUCCGGCCUCUCCCAUCUCCUCAUUGGUUUUUAGGAGCAUAUACCCACGGGGUGAUUGAAAGAUGAACUGAGGUCCACACUCCAGUCCAGUUGGUGGUGGUAAUGCACCUUAAAGUUGGUUGCCAACCGCCAUAUAAAGUCCACAGAAGAAGACUGAAGGAGGAGCGAUUACUAAAACUAACUAGGUUUCCCCUUUUAUCUGUGGAUGAAUUGUCGGAGUAGAGAACACACGAUUUUGUGUGACUCAAAAUGGGUCAAAAUUCUACAAAGAUCCAGAAAAUAAGUACCUUGUGCAUUUCAGGUAAAAUAACAACCCACUGUUUAUAUCCCAGGACAAAUUAGCUAGCAACAGCAAGCUAGCUAGCUAAAUGUGCAUGAAUGUUUUAUGUGUUUCGACCUGUCCUCAAAUUAAUCUAAUUGGUUCAGAGUUCAUUUUGAUAUUUCAACCUGCGUGUCCUGAUCGCAUCUGGUGUGGAUGGACAAAAUCAACAUGGGCGUGCCCGGUCUAGUCAGCAUGUUUGAAUGUGUUAAUAAAUUAAUCAUGACCGUCUCCAGGAUUUGCACAUAAUUUCAGAUUUCUCGCCCGAUUUCCUGUGAUGCCAGACAAAACCCAAUAAAAAAAGUUCUGGCUUUUUUAAAACCAGGAAUAAAAACUUUGAAAAUGAUGGGUCUUUGAUACUAAAAUUGCUUCUAAAAUACUUUUGAUACUAAAAUAACACUUUGCUACCACACCUCCUAGAACAGCAUUAACGAGGCUUACAGUUUGGUUAUACAUGCUCACAAAAAUAUGCCUUUUACUUCCCCUGUAGCCUAUUUAGCUGUAUUAAUCUACUUAGUUGAGGAAUAUAAACUUAUUGCAGCACAUGUCCCCCCUCAUCUGUUAAACUCCUGUAGGACCUGGAUGUAGUGGGGUGUCCUAUGUCCCCUCUGACGUUUGACACAGCCUUGGCCCUGGAGGACCAGGCAGUCAGGGCCAUCGCUGAGGCCCCCAUGGACUUCCUGACCGGGACCAAGCUGGACGCCUCGGGACACAUGGAGCUCUCUGAGAGAGAUAUGGAGUAUAUAGUGGACCAGGUGAGAUGUCAUGUUUAAUUCUUGAUAAUGAUUGUGGACCAGUAGCCUUGUGAACCAGCCGGACCUGUCUAUAGCUCACUCUUGUUAAACAGAAUGGGGAGCGCAGUAAUCAGGCUGGUUCUACGUGGCUAGUGGACCAGACCCCUAAAUAGGUGUUUGUCUACUAUUGUGUACCAUUUUAUUAUGGUACUGUGCACAACCCCCUUUAGCUGCAGCACUAAUGUCAAAGCUGUUACAUUGUACAUUUACAUUUUAGUUAUUUAGCAGACACUCUUAUUCAGAGCGACUUACAGGAGCAAUUAGGGUUGGGUAAAUGCGGAAGACACAUUUCAGUUGAAUGCAUUCAGUUGCUAAACAGUUGCAAACAUUUUAUUUUAUUUGUACAACUGACUAGGUAUCCCCCUUUCCCAAUUAGGGUUAAGUGCCUUGCUGAAGGGCACAUCAACAGAAUUUUCACCUAGUUGGCUCGGUGAUUCAAACCAGGCGACCUUUCAGUUACUGGCCCAACACUCUUAACCGCUAGGCUACCAGCACAACAAUAAUAGUACAUUGUAACAGUACUCCACAGAACAGUACAUUGCUCUUAGACAUAUACAGUGCAUUCGGAAAGUAUUCAGACCCCACUUUUUCCAGAUUAUGUUAUGUUACAGCCUUAUUCUAAAAUUGAUUAAAUAGUUUUUUUCCCUCAUCAAUCUACACACAGUACCCGAUAAUGACAAAGCAAAAACUGUUUUUUCAUUUUUUGUGCAAAUUUAUAAAAAAGAAAUGGAGCAGGUUUUCAUCAAGGAUCUUUCUGUACUUUCCUCCGUUCAUCUUUCCCUCGAUCCUGACUAGUCUCCCAGUCCCUGCCGCUGAAAAACAUCCCCAAAGCAUGAUGCUGUCACCACCAUGCAUCACCGUAGGGAUGGUGCCAGGUUUCCUCCAGACGUGACACUUGGCAUUCAGGUCAAAGAGUUCAAUCUUGGUUUCAUCAGACCAGAGAAUCUUGUUUCUCAUGGUCUGAGAGUCCUUUAGGUGCCUUUUGUAAAACUCCAAGUGGGCUGUCAUGGGCCUUUUACUGAGGAGUGGCUUCCGUUUAGCCACUCUACCAUAAAAGGCCUGAUUGGUGGAGUGCUGCAGAGAUGGUUGUCCUUCUGGAAGGUUCUUCGAUCUCCACAGAGGAACUCUGGAGCUCUGUCAGAGUGACGAUCGGGUUCUUGGUCACCUCCCUGACCAAGGCCCUUCCCCCCCGAUUGCUCAGUUUGGCCGGGUGGCCAGCUCUAGGAAGAGUCUUGGUGGUUCCAAACUUCUUCAAUUUAAGAAUGAUUGAGGCCAAUGUGUUCUUGGGGACCUUCAAUCCUGCAGUCAUUUUUUGGUACCCUUCCCAAGAUCUGUGCCUUGACACAAUCCUGUCUCGGAGCUCUACGGACAAUUCCAAAUCAUGUCCAAUCAAUUGAAUUUACCACAGGUGGACUCCAAGUUGUAGAAACAUCUCAAGGAUGAUAGAUGGAAACAGGAUGCACCUGAGCUCAAUUUUGAGUCUCAUAGCAAAGGGUCUGAACUUAUGUAAAUAAGGUAAAAAUGUCUAAACCUGUUUUCGCUUUGUCAUUAUGGGGUAUUGUGUGUAGAUUGAUUCAAUAAAAAAAAAAUCCUCAUCAAUUUUAGAAUAAGGCUAUUAAUUAACAAAAUGUGGGAAAUGUCAAGGGGUCUGAAUACUUUCCGAAUGCACCAAGAGUAAGUUCAACAUAAUGGCCGAUGUAGCAAGUAAUUCAGCUGUUGAUUUAGAAUGUUUUUCCAAGAAUCUAUAAACCCUGAUUUAAUUCAAAGUAAAGCUAUUGUCAAUGAGGUACAGAAUAUCGUUGUACAAAACCAAUCAAGCUUGUAAGUAACUUGCACCUUCCAGCAUUUCACACAAGUACCCUAAUACUGUUAUUGUAGUGAGCUUAUGUGUGAAGUAACGCUGAUAAUCGCAGCAUAACAGUCUAAUUCAUAGUGUAAUUAUAUGAAGUUUAUUGGUAUGUGGUAAUUGUAGUAACCCUGAUAAUCGCCAUGUUAUUUGUGUUACUAACUGGUGGAUGUUUGUUUCUGUUAAAUCUGUUAUUGCAUUUCUAUAGACGCAUAUGGCACUAAAAUCCUAUAGACCUAAAAUCCUACAUCUAAUAGUCACUGUCUAUUGGUGUGGUCCACAAAGGUGCAAUCUAAUACUAUAUUUAAUUUGUAUAUUUAGUUAUAUUUCAUUAAGUGGUUAUCCUUGACCAUAAAACAUCCAGACAUCUACCAGGACAGUAACCAGGUACUGUUUAACGUGUGUCCGGGGCUAAAGGAUGUUCCGUGUGAUCGGCCGGUCCAUAUGGGCCAGUCUGAGGAGCCUCGCUGCCCCCUGCAUCUCUCCCUGCCGCCCCCAUGUACCAGCCUGAACAGGAGACAGCCCUGGCCCCAGAGCAGCUAGAUGCAGUACUACCCAGAGACAUGUACCUGAGUGCUGCAGAGUUACAGCCCACGGAGAGCCUGCCGCUAGAGUUCAGCGACGUACGUAAAGUCUGACUCCCACCAAGUUUUCUGCUCUUAUGAUAUAGCCAUAAUCCUAUGAUUAACCCAUGGCUAAUAUACCAAUCAUUUUAAUUUGAAACGGAUUUUCACCCCAAAGAUACAUUUUCACUCUCCCUAAUCAGUGCCCUAAUCAAGUCUGGCAGCUUGUUGUAGCUGUUCAGAUCCAAAUCGGGCCAACAUUAACAUUCAGUUGGAAGGAACAAACGCCUCUUAUUUCUCAAACAAAUGUUCACCCCCCUGAAUGUCUAAAAUGUUGCAUGUUGUUUUGACUCAAUGUUUUUCAAGUGUGUUAUACACUCCAGUGGGGAAUGCGCAUCAGUGCAGCUGCACUGAAAUUGAACCUAUGCUCAAAGCUACUUCCUGCCUUUGCAACACAGCUGUUUAACAUGCUGACCACACUGCCCGCGUUGCAAAAUAAAUGCACAUAUACAUGUUAUUCAAUAAUUUCAUCCAAACUGCUCGCGCUCAUCAAUGAGCGUCUGCGUUGCCAGGCACUAAAAUAGAACUUGGUUAUAUUUUUUACACUUGACGCACUGCUAGUCCGGCCUCUCCCAUCUCCUCAUUGGUUUUUAGGAGCAUAUACCCACGGGGUGAUUGAAAGAUGAACUGAGGUCCACACUCCAGUCCAGUUGGUGGUGGUAAUGCACCUUAAAGUUGGUUGCCAACCGCCAUAUAAAGUCCACAGAAGAAGACUGAAGGAGGAGCGAUUACUAAAACUAACUAGGUUUCCCCUUUUAUCUGUGGAUGAAUUGUCGGAGUAGAGAACACACGAUUUUGUGUGACUCAAAAUGGGUCAAAAUUCUACAAAGAUCCAGAAAAUAAGUACCUUGUGCAUUUCAGGUAAAAUAACAACCCACUGUUUAUAUCCCAGGACAAAUUAGCUAGCAACAGCAAGCUAGCUAGCUAAAUGUGCAUGAAUGUUUUAUGUGUUUCGACCUGUCCUCAAAUUAAUCUAAUUGGUUCAGAGUUCAUUUUGAUAUUUCAACCUGCGUGUCCUGAUCGCAUCUGGUGUGGAUGGACAAAAUCAACAUGGGCGUGCCCGGUCUAGUCAGCAUGUUUGAAUGUGUUAAUAAAUUAAUCAUGACCGUCUCCAGGAUUUGCACAUAAUUUCAGAUUUCUCGCCCGAUUUCCUGUGAUGCCAGACAAAACCCAAUAAAAAAAGUUCUGGCUUUUUUAAAACCAGGAAUAAAAACUUUGAAAAUGAUGGGUCUUUGAUACUAAAAUUGCUUCUAAAAUACUUUUGAUACUAAAAUAACACUUUGCUACCACACCUCCUAGAACAGCAUUAACGAGGCUUACAGUUUGGUUAUACAUGCUCACAAAAAUAUGCCUUUUACUUCCCCUGUAGCCUAUUUAGCUGUAUUAAUCUACUUAGUUGAGGAAUAUAAACUUAUUGCAGCACAUGUCCCCCCUCAUCUGUUAAACUCCUGUAGGACCUGGAUGUAGUGGGGUGUCCUAUGUCCCCUCUGACGUUUGACACAGCCUUGGCCCUGGAGGACCAGGCAGUCAGGGCCAUCGCUGAGGCCCCCAUGGACUUCCUGACCGGGACCAAGCUGGACGCCUCGGGACACAUGGAGCUCUCUGAGAGAGAUAUGGAGUAUAUAGUGGACCAGGUGAGAUGUCAUGUUUAAUUCUUGAUAAUGAUUGUGGACCAGUAGCCUUGUGAACCAGCCGGACCUGUCUAUAGCUCACUCUUGUUAAACAGAAUGGGGAGCGCAGUAAUCAGGCUGGUUCUACGUGGCUAGUGGACCAGACCCCUAAAUAGGUGUUUGUCUACUAUUGUGUACCAUUUUAUUAUGGUACUGUGCACAACCCCCUUUAGCUGCAGCACUAAUGUCAAAGCUGUUACAUUGUACAUUUACAUUUUAGUUAUUUAGCAGACACUCUUAUUCAGAGCGACUUACAGGAGCAAUUAGGGUUGGGUAAAUGCGGAAGACACAUUUCAGUUGAAUGCAUUCAGUUGCUAAACAGUUGCAAACAUUUUAUUUUAUUUGUACAACUGACUAGGUAUCCCCCUUUCCCAAUUAGGGUUAAGUGCCUUGCUGAAGGGCACAUCAACAGAAUUUUCACCUAGUUGGCUCGGUGAUUCAAACCAGGCGACCUUUCAGUUACUGGCCCAACACUCUUAACCGCUAGGCUACCAGCACAACAAUAAUAGUACAUUGUAACAGUACUCCACAGAACAGUACAUUGCUCUUAGACAUAUACAGUGCAUUCGGAAAGUAUUCAGACCCCACUUUUUCCAGAUUAUGUUAUGUUACAGCCUUAUUCUAAAAUUGAUUAAAUAGUUUUUUUCCCUCAUCAAUCUACACACAGUACCCGAUAAUGACAAAGCAAAAACUGUUUUUUCAUUUUUUGUGCAAAUUUAUAAAAAAGAAAUGGAGCAGGUUUUCAUCAAGGAUCUUUCUGUACUUUCCUCCGUUCAUCUUUCCCUCGAUCCUGACUAGUCUCCCAGUCCCUGCCGCUGAAAAACAUCCCCAAAGCAUGAUGCUGUCACCACCAUGCAUCACCGUAGGGAUGGUGCCAGGUUUCCUCCUGACGUGACGCUUGGCAUUCAGGCCAAAGAGUUCAAUCUUGGUUUCAUCAGACCAGAGAAUCUUGUUUUUCAUGGUCUGAGAGUCCUUUAGGUGCCUUUUGGCAAACUCCAAGUGGGCUGUCAUGUGCCUUUUACUGAGGAGUGCCUUCCGUCUGGCCUCUCUACCAUAAAGGCCUGAUUGAUGGAGGGCUGCAGAGAUGGUUGUCCUUCUGGAAGGUUCUCCCAUCUCCACAGAGGAACUCUGGAGCUCUGUCAGAGUGACCAUUGGGUUCUUGGUCAACUCCCUGAGCAAGGCCCUUCUCCCCCGAUUGCUCAGUUUGGCCGGGCAGCCAGCUCUAGGAGGAGUCUUGGCGGUUCCAAACUUCUUCCAUUUAAGAAUGGAGGCCAGUGUGUUCUUGGGGACCUUCAGGAUGCACCUGAGCUCAAUUUCGAGUAUCAUAGCAAAGGGUCUGAAUACUUAUGUAAAUAAGUUUUUUUUUUUUUUUUUUUUUGUAAUACAUUUGCAAAAUUUCUAAACCUGUUUUCGCUUUGUCAUUAUGGGGUAUAGUGUGUAGAUUGAGGAAAACAUUUAAUUUUAUCAAUUUUCGAAUAAGGCUGUAAUGUAACAAAAUGUGGAAAAGGGGAAGGGGUCUGAAUACUUUCCGAAUGCAAUGUAUGUUGAAGAAAAUAUUUCAACACCAUAGGAACAGACUAUGGAAAUUGUUGUCUUUGUCUGAACUGCAUGUCUUCUUGUUCUCUCCAGAUUGUCAUGGAGGUGAAGGGGAAACUAUAGGAAACUCAACAGAACUGGACCAUGUUGCUGCAGACACUUCCAGAUGAGAGAAGAUAUUUACCUCAACCCAUGUUCUAAUGGGUUGAAAAGACUAAUAUAAAUCUCACCCAUAUAAAUAAAAAAAGACAUAUGUAGAAUUCCAGAGACUGAUGUUGAGUUGAUCAAUCUUUUUACGCUGCUGCUACUCUGUUAAUUAUUUAUGCAUAGUCACUUUAACUCUACCCACA